AUGACUGCAGCUGCGAGCCUGGAGCUCUCGCGCACUAUGCCGGCGCGAACAGCGACCUACGCAUUCAACCCGCCCGAGGGCAGCCCAGCAGGCCAGCGCUUAUUCAAAAAGCACAAAGUGCUCCCACACCCCAAUAGGCAAAGGGUCGAAAAUGCGCAAACUCACAACAUCCGGCCAGCUCCUAGAAAUUAUGACCUGGCCACCGGCAGCCCUGCAACGCAGCGAGAAGCACCGCAGCGCUCCGGUUCCCAAACCUUGAGACACCAGCCAAGAUCGAUAGCCAGCGGUCCGGAUCUUCCUCCAACACCGCCUUCCCACUCACGAACCUCCUCCAGCAGUCACUCAAUAUCGCCUCUGACCCCGACUCCCGAUGAGGCUGUGUCGCAAACUCCCUCGACACCGGCGCGUACCCCCGCCACUCCUACGAACCAGAAAAGCCCACCAACUCCGGACGUAACACCUCCACAGCCUGUAACACGACCCAAGCCGGUGCGGCCGAUCCAAAUUGAUCGUACAGUUUCGAAAGCCACCACUGUCGAGUCGCGAACCGAGUCGUUCAGGACUGCCAGAGAGGACCCAUAUUCCUCAGAGGACGAUGUGCAAUCAACUGUUGGACCGAGAGCGUUGUCUACGCGAACUUCUCAAAAUACCGUCCGUCGUGUUUCCCAACCUCAGGCUCAGGCGAAAACAUCAACCGCAGUUGGCCUUGGCUUGGGUCUAGAAUCGCCUCAACAGGAGGAGGUUCCGACACCGAAAGCGAAGGGCGACUUUGGCACUUUUGAUGGAGAAUGGGCUUCUAAUAGUGAUGUGGAACAAGAAUGGGACGAUAAUCUGGGUAGGAACGUUACAGUAAGGAAAAGGCGCCACCAGCCGAUGAAGGAACCCAUGCGCGAGCCACGUCGCGGGCCACCCCGCGAAAGGCGCAAAGUUGAAAUUCUCGAGGAUCGUGUCGUAACCCCGACAAACGCCGCAAAGGCGGUGCGAGCUAUGUCUCACCGUGACAGAGCUGCGUUUUAUGCCCCGAGUGAAAUUGCUUGGUCGAAACCCUCAGCCUCAGGAUCUUCUGUCAACGUGGACGCUCGCAGGCUCUCGGGCAUGUCUACAAAGUCAACAAAAUCGAAUGCAUCGACAGUGGUGGAAGCUAUUUUGGUAGACGCCCCUUCCAUCCCUCAGAGGCGGCAAACAUUGAGGCACGUCCGAAAGCAAGUGGGCUUAAGAGAUUCGGGAUCCGACCAGUCUCCCUCCAGCUCUGCCGCAAACUCGGCAUUGCAUUUUGAGGAGUCUCCGAGGCGUUCCAGACCGUUGACUCGCCCCACGGAGAACCGCAACAACAGCUACGCAUCAAACACGACUUUCAACUCGAUCUCAAGCGGCAAAGCAAGGAGAGAAAUUUGGAAGAAUGGCGGUAUCCCUGUGAUCGUCGUCCCGGAUCGCCGAUCAUCUGUCAAGUCCAAGUCGAGCAGGGAGCCUUCACUCAGAUCCACAAGCAGUCGCCGAUCCAAACGAAGUGCCAGCUUGGGCUCAGCAACUCGUGCAAAUGGGACAAGAACGACACAUGAUUUACCAACGCCCAUCUUUGACCGGCCGGGCCGGAGGAGUCGCACCAUGUCAGAAUCUGAUGGUUCGGACCAACGCACGAUAGACUAUCCUCCAGUCAUUCCUAAGCGUUCUUCUUCCCUGUCGGCGCCAACCAGUCGCAAUACAUCCCGCGCAGGCUCCCUUACUGCGGAGAGUUUAAAGGCUCAGAGCGCUUUGUUCAAUCAAGCAUCUAGACAUGAAACAACAGCACCCGCCCUGACCCUUCAAAGGGCUACGUCCUCAGAGACAGACAACGGCCAUCAUCAUCGGGACCACAAACUCAAUGUUGACAAUCAUGGUGACCCGUUUUUCGGGAAGCGACUGGACGCACACAAUACGCCUUUUUCUGCAGCUUCCGUGGAGACUAAUGGGACCGCCCCUGAGGUAUCGGAAGCGAAGGCCGUCAGCCUUUAUCCUCACCAGAAUUCAUCUGUGCUUGUUGUAAACCACUCAAAUAAGCCCUCAGAAAGCUCUGAAGCGUCUCAGACGGAGGGAGACUUUUCGAAAACGCCCCAGCGACCGACGAUUACUACCACCGGGCCAGACGGGGAAGGGCCUAUGACGCCCCCUCAGGGACAGCAUUCUAUGGACGACGUUGAUUCCCCGUUGCGCAACCCCCGGGCCGCACCACCGGUACCUCCCGUCAUCCCUCCCGCUAUUCAGUUUAUUCCUGCAACACCAUCCGGAUUGACGCCUCACCAUGAGAGACAGCGCAAUAUGGGCAAUUACUUCGAGGCUAUGGCAGAUGAACAACCUCAACGAAGUGGCUCCAUUUUGCGGCGGGCAUUGUUACGGCGACGGAAUUCGGAGGCUUAUCCACCAAAGAGCACUCGGCCAGGGCUGAUUAAGAGAACCUUGUCCUUGACACGGAGAGGUUCACUUUCCAGAUCAUCAAGCAAAGACCGGUCUUUCAUGGAAGCACCAUGCUUGUGCCCUGAGUGUCAAGAAUGUCCUCCCGAGGGUGACCGUCUUCACCCUCACUGGCGCCCAGCCUUCUCAGACCCGGAAGAGGACGUGUGGGGGAGAGAGAUGGAAGACGAACCUAUCAGUCAGGUUUAUCGCUACCCGCCCGUGGACAACCGCCCGUCGCUUCCACGAAGAAGAAUCAGCGAACGUGUGAAGAAGACUUUUGCAAUUCUUCCCAGUCGUGGCGAUGGAGACUUUGAUUCUUCACCAGCAUCGAAUGAACCGGAGCGACGCACUAUUAGACGAACCGACAGUGGCAACUUACGUGUUAUGAGACGCAGAGGCAGCCUAGACUCACUUCGUGACCAGUCAUAUUCCUCACGGCCAUACAUGGGUGGGGAUGGUGAGGAACGGAGCUGGCUCAAGGAUGAAGCAGGACCGAAGAGGAGAAGGCGUUUCUCGAUCUCAGGCACGUUGGAAGGGUUGCAAAACAUCCCACGGCAACUUAAUGAGCGCAAGCGAGAGAAGAGGACUCAAGAGCUGCGACAAAAGAUCAGUGGCCCACGCGAAGUCAGAGACGGUGUGGGGGACGUCAUUCGACGCAACACCUAUCGUGAAGCCCAAAGACAUUCGCCCGCGACCAACUUUUGA